AGCAUGUUCUUAGAUUUAUUUUUUUACAAUUUGAAGCAAUCAUGGAGAAUAUAACUCAACUGACAAUUUUAGAAGAAGACAUUUUAAAGAUAAUAUUGGAGUUUUUAUCAUCAAGGCACUACCAUGUUUCAAUGAGAACACUUGAAAAAGAAACCUGUGUAAUUAAUAGUGAUUUUUCUGAUGAGGUUUUAUUUUUGCGUGAACUUGUAUUGGAUGGUGAUUAUAAUGAGGUGAUGGAGUUUGGAAACUCUUUUUCAACUAAUAAAGCUUUUAACCAAGGGCGUUUUAACUAUAUCAUUUUGCGUCAAAAAUUUGUUGAACUGAUUUAUAUGAAGUCUCAUGUUAUUGAUAAGCAGAACAAUGAUAUGGUUGAAGAAGUCAUGAAAACACUAGGAGAUCUUCAACCUUAUUGUACCAGUAAAGAAGAAUAUAGCAACUUAUGUUGGCUACUUACUGUUCCUGAUCUUAGUACUGAAGAAGAAUUCAAGCACUGGAGUCUUGACAUCUCUCGUAUAAAAUGUUUUGAUGAUUUAUUAGAAUGUUUAAGUGCAUUUAUGCCAUUAGUAAAAAAAAAAGUAAAUGUCAAAAAUGUAGCAAGUAAAGAUAGAUUAAUACAACUUGUUGUAAAGGGUUUGUUUUAUGAAUCAUGCAUUGAUUUUUGCCAAUCUGUAGCAACUGGUAAUUUAUCAGAUUUACAAUAUGGACCAUCAAUAAAAAACAAUGUUUUAAAAAGCAUAUGUGAUGAGUAUCCAUCAACUCUGUUAUCAUGGAUACGCUGCUUACCUUAUGAAAUAUUCCAAACACCUUUUGAGCAAGAUGAAAUAGAUGUGUGUCUUGCAAAACUACCCAAAAAAAAUUUGAUUACACAUAGUGUAGAUUUUCCAAAAUCAUCUAAAAACAUAGAUAAUGAAAAACUUUCACAAAGCUUUGAUUCUAAAAAUGUUAAGAGCGAACUUUUGCACUUAAAUAAAAAAGCAACAGAAUUUAGUCGCGAUGCACUAAAUAACAAUAAUAACAAAUUAAACGACUCCUCAAACAGUUCAAACUCUAAAAGCACAGUAUACUGUUCUGACCAAGUUCAAAAUCAAAGUUAUAAACCAAUACUAUUACAAAAUAGUGAUGUAGAGGAAUUCAAAGCUUCACAUCAAAAAAAAUCUCAUAUAGAAUCACCAAUCUAUGAAAGCAACUCAAAAAAUAUUAGCCCUGAUUUAAUGAGUAGUUCACAAGAUAACAAAUAUUCAGCAGUUGUCACAUCUUUAAAAAAGCAUGAAGAUGUUUUUGCAACAUCACUAAUUCCUAUAGAAAGUGACAACACUGUUAGGUUAGACUUUUUUGAAAGUAAAACUCCUAAGCAAUUAGAAGAUGAACAACAAAGGAGAGCAGAAAUUUUAAAAAAAUUGCAAGCAUUUGAAGAAAGAAGGAUUCAAGUACAAAAAGUACUAAGUAAUGAAGAAGGUUUAAUGGUACAGAAUGAUAAUCAACAUCAAGGUGAAAUUUUUUCAAAUACUUACACAAAGCCAAAAAUGAAGUUAGAUCCUUCCCUUCUUGAACAACCAUUUUCUUCUGAAGGUUUAUAUAAUACAUCAUAUGCAGCUUCAACACCUAACCCAAAAUCUGUUAAAUAUCCAAAAGUUCCUAAUUUAAAUGAAGCAAGUGUUUCUCAAUCCAAAGAUCAAUUCUUGGGUGAACCACUUUUUAACAAAUCAAAUGUACAGCAUUUGGCAAACAAAGGAGGUUAUUCUGUAAAUCUUCCAGAUGGUUCUGGGCAUUUGAAUACCAGCACUCCAAAAUCAAAGCGUAAAUCAGAUGUUGAUACACCGCCACCUUUAUUAAUUUCGCCCGUAAAGGAAAGAUCAAAAAGUGACAGCUUUGAAGGAAGGCUAAUAUUUGAACAAGACGAGGGUAAAGAAAAUAAUCCAGGGGGUGAUGGAGUGGUUUUAGGACCAGUAAUUAACGGAGUAAGACGCCCUAUAUCUUCUAACCACAUCAGUUCACUAUCCUAUUCAGACGCUCAAAGCUUACCUGACGAAACGUCGAUGAAAGAGCGAAUACCCCAACAAGCCGCUGCUCUGAAGUUAAAAGGAGCUGGACCAAAAAUUAAAACCAAAGAUGGGAACGCUGUGCAUUUGAUUGAACUUAUAAAGCCUAACAAAGAAGAUUUAAAAAGACAACUCAAUGCAACUGACGUUUACGAGAAAAGAGAUUCUCGUCAGCAACAACAAGAUGAUACGAAUAAGUAUCACGAUCGUUAUCAAAUCGAUAGCCAGCGUGAUUAUAACGGUAGAAAUGUGGAUGAUGAAAUAAAAAAGUAUUCUGCAGUUUCGCUACUUGAGGAUAGCCAAGCCGUUCGUUCAGUAGCCUUUCAUCCAGACGGUGCGUUCUAUGCCGUCGGAGCUAAUUCUAAAAUUCUGCGUAUUUGUAAAAUGAUAAAUUCAAAUGACUCAAAAAGCACUUGUCCACCGGCACCAGUUUUAAUAAAAAGACAAAAAUACCAUCGCGGUUCAAUAUACUGUAUGGCAUGGAGUCCUGAUGGUAAAUUACUUGCUACUGGAUCUAACGAUAAAAGCAUCAAAUUGUUUCAGUUUGAUGGUUAUAAUUGUACACAAUCAGGUGAUGACGUUGAGCUUAAUAUACACAAUGGAACAGUUCGUGAAUUGGCUUUUGUUCCUAAUAGGGCUGGUUUACUUAUAUCAGGUGGUGCAGGUGAUGGAAACAUCAAUAUUACUGACGUGUUAACACAACAAGUGACUGGGAUUUUAAGUGGUCAUUCUGGAAACGUUAUGACCGUUUAUGCUGGUGACGGGGACGUUAUUGCUUCAGGUGGCUCAGAUAACACUCUACGACUUUGGGAUUUACGUUCACAGCGUUGUAUUGACGUAGUUGUUGUUGGGGAUAGUGUUCCGGCGUCAGUUGCUUUAAACGGAUCUGAUCAUUAUAUGGCUUCAGGUCAAGAAGAUGGCAGCAUUUUAUUAUACGACUUAUCUGCUGGUCGGACACUUCAAAACUUUCGCCUCCAUCAAACGGACUGUAGAAGUAUUCGUUUUUCAAUCAAUAGCAAAUAUUUAUUAACCGCAUCGUAUGAUAGUAACAUUUCAAUAACACAUUUGACUUCAUCAUAUAACGAAAUGACUGUACCCCGUCAUUACGUUGUUGGUAAACACUCUGACAAAGUUAUUCAAUGCCGCUGGCAUCCCAAGGAUGACGUAUUCUUAUCUUCAUCUGCCGACAGAACCGCAAUUUUAUGGAAAAGUACUUAGAAAAAACUGUGAAAUAAUAUCUUAAAUAAUUGGAAGUUAAUGUGGAAGUUCAAGGAUUUGAUUCUGUAAACAACUUUACAGAUUUUUCGGCUGUUUUUUUAUAUGCCAUGUUUAGUUAUAAACAAAAUUGUGUUUCUGUAGAAAUCGUCUAGAGCCAACAGGAUAUGUGCAGAUAUUAUUUGCAAUAUUCAGUCAUCUAGGUAGCAGCUGUUUGAAAUAGUCAACCAUCUUUGUUAGUCAAUCAUCUUGAUUGUUGUUACAUUUCUUAUUGCCUUAAGUUAGAGAUUUUUUCUUUGCUAAUUCCAUUAAAGUUACUUUGUGAAAACAAGCUUUACUUUUUUUUUUUAUUAUUUUGUGCUUGGAAUUUCUGAGUUUCUUUUAAACUGAACUUUUUGUAUAAGACUUAAAUAUGGUUGAAGAUUUGUUUCAUCGUUUCUCGACAGCGAGCUUAAUGAACCAAUGCCAGUUUAAGGAAAUGCACCUAUCAUUUGAGUUUUGACUUCUUAGUAUCCACUGAGUUCGCACAUCAAAAUAGCAUUUUACCUAUUUCACCUAAAUGUUCAUUUUGAA